AUGAAGCGCGCCCCGUGCUGCCUGGCACUGAUGCCCCUGGUGCUGGCGCUGGUCCUGGACGCGGCGGACGCCAAAGGGAACUUCUACGGGAACCCGUACAGGUACAACCUGUUCAAGGCUGGAGCUCCUCCGCAGCACAACCCCGCCAAACCCAUGAGCCGCCACAAAAACCACUGUGCCUACAUUGUGCAGAAGAAUGUAACCUGUACCAUGCAGGAUGGAAUGGCCACCUACGUCAAGGCAGACUACACCACCAAGUGCAUCUGGGGACAGAAGUGUCCAGUACUAAUGUAUCGGACGUUCUACAAACCCACGUACAAGGUUGGCUACAAGAUGGUGACAGAGCUGGAGUGGCGAUGCUGCCCAGGCUACAGUGGCGAGAACUGCUUCGAUGGUCCCACACCCGGACCAGAUGACGUCACGCCCUCUUUUAAGGGACCAAGGCCUGGCGUGAAGGGUUUCCCAUGGAGUCAUCCUAACAUGCCUGGUACGGAUCUGCAUCCAGGCAAGCCGUUCCCUUUCCCCGGGGGUCAACCUGAUAACAUACCGACCGGACAGCUGCCCUCCGGAGGUCCAAAAGUGGGCGUCACUGGCGAGCGGCUGGACCGUAUGGAGGAUGACCUAAGGAAGCUUUCUCGGGGCCUGGAAACUCUGAAUGGCCUGAUGACUGGCCUGGAGGAACGCCUCCGCGUCUCGCUCCGAGAGAACACCAAGAAGAUGCUGAACACGAUGCUGAGCAGCACGCCUCAUCAACCGGACACCACUGUGGAAAUAGGAGUCAUCCCUGAAGGCGUGCCGGACGCCAGGGAGGGCAGCGAUGGCUUCCCCGUCUUUGGCGAGCUGAUUGGCAGAGUGACGGAGGUCAAGGAUGAGCUGCGGGUCAAGAGCGAAAUGCUGGACGAGCUCCAUGGAAUGGUGAUGGGCCACGAUGGACAGCUGAAGAGGCUGAUGGAGACGCCAGGCAAAGGUGACCAGAGACUCGUGGAGGAGCUGUUGGAUACCAGGCUGGAUGACAUAAGGACUCAAAUCCUGGAUGGUUUUGAGAGGAGACUGAGUGGCCUGGAGGACCACUGCAAUGAGAAGAUCGGACAGGUACAGCAGCAGUGCCAUACGGAGCACCUAAACGGUCAGGAGCAGCUUCAGCAGUCUCUGGACGGCCGUGAAACAGGUUUGAGGAAGGAGCUCGGUGACCUGCAGGCUCAGAUCCAGGGUCUCACAGUGGCCCCAGGCUGCUGCGGUCAGAUCAACGAUAUCUCCCAGCGUACCUUGCUCCUGGAGGAAUCCGUUAAAGGUCUGACUGAGUCCCAAAGGCAGCUGCAGACGGCACUGACGGAGCAGACGCUUCACCUGGAGACCGUUCUGGAUGCUCGAUUGUUAGACGUGGAGAGUCGCCUCAACGUCACAGAGCAGAGCGAGACCGGGUUAGACUUUCUGGGUGAAAGAAUGGACGGGUUUAAUACCCUUCUGGAGGACAAGCUGAAGAACCUGGAGGAGCGUGUGUUCGUAGCCGUAGAGGAGCUAAGCAAUGCCACGGCUCCGGCGCUUCUGGAGGGCCAGGUGGUGCCAGCGCUGGGGACAGAGAUCGAAAACCUCAGAAGGCAUGUUAAAGGUGGUCUGGAUGGCAUCCAGAACCAGUUGACAGAUCUGGAGCUUCUGUGCACAUCGGCCUGCUCUUCAGCACCUGCUCCUGACACAGGCCUCAUCCAGACGGAGGUGGAGGACUGCAAGGAGAAGGAGAAAGAGAUUUCUGAUCGAUUAGACUCGCACUCAGACAUGCUAAACCAUCUCAAUGGAACCUUGCAGGGCCUCCUGAUGCAGCUCGCCCAGAAGGAUCAAGAGGGCUCCAUACAGGGUGAGAUCACCCUUCUUAAGGUUAACUUUAACUCCGUGAACCGCACCAUAAAAGGACUGAGAGAUUCCGUACACCUGUUCACCAACGAGAUGAGCCACGCAAACUCCACAUGGCAGGAGCGCCAGCACCGUCUGGCUUCGCAGGUCCAGGGAAUCGCGGAUAUAGUGGGCCAGCAAGGGGUUCUCCUGGGCUCCGGAGAGCGCCGGCUGCUGCAGCUGAAAUCCGAGCUGCAGGGUAUGAAGCGAAGACUCUCGGGCGAGCUCCAGAGUUGCCGCGGAACGGCGCUGGACACUCAUCGCGAGGUCAUGGGCGUCGAGAGCCGAGUUGCUCAAGUGGAAGGCCAGUGUAGCAGCCUGGGGGAGCUGGCGGAUCAGCUGGAAAGGAUUCGCGCAGAGCUCGAGAGCCAUUCGGACAGCUACCUAGCGCAGGUCAACGGCACCCUGGCCAGCCACACCCAAGAACUGGCACAGCUCAAAGACGGACUCCAGGAGUGCGUAAACAAGGCGGACAAAUAGCUUCCAGGCUA